AUGGAGUUCGUCUCGACAGAGAGCGGUGUGCAACGGCCUCCGGUCGGUGUGCCACCGUACCGCGUACCGCCCCUCUCGGGUCUAUACCGAAUGCGCUACUAUCCGCCCACGCCAGCCGACACCUCAUCCGAUUGUCUCCGUACAGAGGGUGGUUUUGAAGGGUCUGGUGACGCGGUAUCUGGCACUCGCACGGCUUGCAGUGCAACCACUGGUCCUCGGUCACAAGCUGGUGCAAACUCCGCUGCAGCGCGCCAUGAGGCACUCCAUAAGCAGCUUCUCCGCGCGUCCUCACUGCUUGAUGGUGGCAUCGAUUUGUUCGCCCUAUACUCCUUGUGUGAGGCGGAGCCGGUGCCGUGCAAGCUGUGCACCCUACACACGCAGACAACGUUGAACACCUGCUCGUACCGUCUCCGCCAGUCGUAUGAGCUACAAAAGAGAGACGCAGAUCCAUCUCUGCACUUCCUCACCAGAGACGCGGAAACUGGUGAUGAAGGUGCCGCUCGAUCGGCGACAGAGUCUUCGCCGCUGAUUCGCAUCUUGCAGCAGGGCUGGUAUGCCUUCUUCUUCCCGAUGAGCGAAUGUGGGCGGCUGAAGGACAACCUGCUGGUGUACCUCGGCGAGGCCUUGAUUGCCGGCGACGUGGCUGAGUGCGACCUGGUCAACGACGGUUGUCUACGACCGCUCCAGACGGCAGCGACGGCAGCGGCAUUACCUGGGGCAGUGAACGGUCCUGCCGGGGGUACGACAGCGGCAGGGGCAUCAAAGUCGAGCUCCGCAACCCCGGAGCGUUGGAAGUCUCUUUUCUACUACGUGGUCAGUCCUGUUCCUGUGCACUGGAGUACGAGGGAGACGGCAGACGUCCACUUGACUAUCUUGUGGCGCAGCAUACCAGCUGCCUAUCCACAGCAUCGCCAGAGGAAGAAGAACUUGACGCUUCUAUACUCGUACUACUGCUCGCCGCGGGCGCCGGACACCUUCACAUGCCGCGCGCACUUCCCCAGUCAUACUCGACUGCUACUGGUGCGCAGCCCAAAUUGCGACACGAAGGUGCAACUGCGCAAUCAUGUGACAGAACACAUGGCGACGGUGCACGUGGAAACGAUGGACGGAAAGCCGCUAGAGACACACCGACACACGCGCGACUACGUCUUCGUGCUGCAGUUCAUGUUGGGGGACAACUCAGGGAUUCUGGAGGAGUCCAGCGUCUUUGCAGCGGCUGUAGUGGCGAUUGUGUUCCUGCUUCUUCUUUGGGUGUUUCUCACCAAGGACCUCAUUCUGUAA